AUGGAAGUGUUCUCGAAAGCUAAAAUUGCAGGUCAGCUAAUGCUGCAAAAAAUCUCUCAUGAUGAUAAUACCCAAGCCAAUUAUCCAACUCAAAGUAUUUUCGACAGACCAGAAUCAAGAGAAGAAAACGCUUGGCAUAUUUACAUAAAUCACAUUGAAGUUUCAUCCGUAUUCCAUAUCUUAGAGCACAUAAGGAAAAUUACCAACUCGAAUUUUGAAAAGAAUUGGAUCGGUAUACUAGCUAGGCAUCUUGAUAAAACUGAUAGUACGUUGGGUCAGAAUUUUGGGGACAAGAAUGGUCAUUUUUACUACGCAAUGAAUGCAAAGUUCACGCAAGGCUUUGUCACGAACGGAAUCAUCAUUGCCACCGAUUCCAAGUCACCCUACUUUAUAAAACAAUCAAAGGCAAAAGCAAGCGAGCCGCUAGAAAAAAUAUCAACAACUACUCUCCAGACUUGGUCCGACAUAACUUAUCUCUCAUGGCAUGAAGAAUGCACUCAAACAUCCACCCCCCUCAAAAAUCUCAAACACAUAAUCCGAUCUCAUAUCACCAACUCAGAAACAACCUCGGUAAUCAAAGAGAUUCUGAAAGAAGAAAAAAUAAUGUGCCCACCAGAUGGAUUGACAGUCGACAUCAAUGAUUCCAAAGGGUAUGGAGCUGCGCUUCUGGGAACACCGAAUGGGAAAGGUAUUGGAUGGUUACUUUCGCAGCAUAAGAAUCAGCUUGGGAAUCCGAAGAUAGUGAGUGUGGAGAUUUUUCAUAGUUUACAGGUUGGAUUUGAUGAUUGUCAUAAAGAUACGGGAGAGUUGAUUGCGGGAAGAGAGAAUAUGAGGGAGGUUGAGGACUCUCGGGAUUAUCUGAAUUUGGACUUUACUAUACGGUGUGGAUGA